AUGAAGACUGCAGAGAGCGAGGUCCCCGAUGCUCACUUCACUGUGGAUAAACAGAACAUCUCCCUCUGGCCCCGAGAACCUCCUCCCACGAUGGGAUCACCUCUCAUUCUGAGGAAGCCUCGCGUGGUCCAGGCUGCAGUCGUCAUCCUGACGCUGGUCCUGCUGGCCUCUGUCCUGCUGCAGGCCAUUCUCUAUCCCUGGUUUAUGGGCACACUAUCUGAUGUAAAGACCAAUGCCCAGAUGCUGAAAGGUCGUGUGGACAACAUCAGCACCCUGAGCUCUGAAAUUAAGAGGAACAGAGGUGGUGUGGAGGCAGCUGGCAUCCAGGUCCAAGCGUUGAACACCAGCCUGAAUCGUGUGCGUUCUCAGAUGCGGAGGCUGGAAUUUGGUGUGAAGCAAGCUGAUGCGCAGAUCCAGACAUUAACAAGAAGUUGGGAGGAAGUAGAUAAUUUAAAUGCCCACAUCCCAGAGUUAAAAAGAGAUUUGGACAAAGCCAGUGCUUUAAAUGCAAAGAUCCAGGGACUCCAGAGCAAUUUGGAGAGUAUCGGCAAGGCGCUCAAAAAGCAAAAUGACAUUCUGCAGACAGUUUCUCAAGGCUGGAAGUACUUCAGCGGGAACUUCUAUUACUUUUCUCGUGUGCCAAAGACCUGGUACAGUGCUCAGCAGUUCUGCAGGUCCAGGAAUUCGCACCUGACCUCGGUGACCUCAGUGAGUGAACAGGAGUUUCUGUACAGGAUGGCAGGUGGACUUACCCACUGGAUCGGCCUGACCAAAGCAGGGAGUGAGGGCCACUGGUACUGGGUGGACGACACUCCAUUCGACAAGGUCCAGAGUAUGAGGUUCUGGAUUCCAGGUGAGCCCAACAAUGCUAGGAACAAUGAACACUGUGUCAAUAUAAAGGCGUCCUCGCUUCAGUCAUGGAAUGAUGCCUCCUGUGACAACACCUUCCUUUUCAUCUGUAAACGUCCCUACAUUCCGUCAGAACCUUGA